ACUAAAACCCCCGUCUAAACCCUAACUCUCAUUUCAUCUCUCUCUCUCUCUCUCUCUCGCUCAAUCUCUCCCAUGGCUCUUUCAAAACCCAAUCUCCUCACCCACCUCAAAACCCUAACCCGCUCCCCCCACCUCCCCCCUCCCUCCCUCCUCUCUCUCCGCCUCCUCUCCUUCGCCACCCCCGAAGACGCCGCCGCCGACCGCCGUCGCCGCAAGCGCCGCCUCCGCAUCGAACCUCCCCUCAACUCCCUCCGCCAACAACCCCAGCAACCUCGCCCCUCCCCCACCAACCCCAAUGCCCCCAAACUCCCCGAACACGCCUCGGUCUUAACCGGUAAGCGCCUCGAAUUGCACAACAAUAUCUUGAAAUUGAUCCGUGUUAAUGACCUAGAAGAAGCCGCAUUGCUGACUAGGCACUCGAUUUACUCGAAUUGUAAGCCGAGUAUAUUUACCUGUAAUUCUGUUAUGGCUGCUCAGUUGAGGCAGUCUCGAUACUCGGAUUUGUUGUCGUUGCACAGGUUUAUUACGCAGGCUGGGGUUGCGGGGAAUGUGGUUACUCAUAAUUUGUUGAUCAAUGCUUAUUUGGAUUGUAGGAAGACGGAUACUGCGUUGGAGAAUUAUAAGUUGUUGGUUAAUGAGGCUCCGUUUAACCCGAGUCCUACAACGUAUAGGAUUUUGGUGAGGGGGUUGGUGGAUAAUGAUAGGAUUGAGAAGGGUGUGGAGUUGAAGGACGAGAUGUUGGAGAAGGGGUUUGAGGCGGAUAAGGUGGUUUAUGCGACUUUGAUGUGGGGUUUUGCGAAGAAGGGGGAUGCAGAUGGGGUUUUUGGGCUUUAUGAGGAGUUGAAGGGGAAGGUGGGGGAGGAUUUUGUGGGAGGAGGGGUUUAUGGGAGUUUGAUGAGAGGGUAUUUUUUGAAGGGGAUGGAGAGUGAGGCGAUGGGGUGUUAUAGGGAGUGUGCGGGGGAGGGGUCGAAGGUGAAGAUGGAUGCAGUGGCGUAUAAUUAUGUGUUGGAUGCGUUGAGUAAGAAUGGGAAGUUUGAUGAGGCAUUGAGGCUGUUUGAUAGGAUGUUGGGUGAGCAUAGUCCGCCAAAGACGUUGACUGUGAAUUUGGGGAGUUAUAAUGUGAUUGUUGAUGGGUAUUGUGCGGAAGGGAAGUUCGGGAAUGCGAUUGAGGUGUUUAAGAGUAUGGGAGAGAAGAGGUGUGCGCCGGAUACAUUGUCUUACAAUAAUUUGAUUAUGCAGUUGUGUAAGAAUGGGAUGUUGGCUGAGGCGGAGGAGCUUUAUAGGGGUAUGGCUGAGAAGGGUGUUAGUCCGGAUGAGUUUACUUUUGUUUUGUUGAUGGAUACUUGCUUUGAAGAAAAUCGUCCUGAUGACGCUGCUGGUUACUUUAAGACCAUGGUUGAGGCGAAGUUGAGGCCUAAUUUGGGAGUUUAUAGUAGAUGUGUUGAGGGGCUGGUUAAAGUUGGGAAGGUUGACGAGGCAAAAUCAUUUUUUGAUUUAAUGGUGGGGAAACUCAGAAUGGAUGAUGCAAGCUAUAAGUUUAUUAUGAAGUCGUUAUUUGAUAUCGGGAAGCCUGAUGAGGUGCUUGCAAUUGUGGGUAGUAUGCUAAGGGAUGAUCCUAGUGACUUUACAACAGAACUGCAGGAGUUUGCUAAGGAAGAAUUGGGUAAGUUAGGGAGGGAGGAUGAAGUGGUGAAGCUUAUGGAGGACAUAGAAAGAGAGAAGGCUGAAGCAAUAGCCGCAGCGGCUGAAGCUGCGGAAAAAGCCAAGGCUAGUGCAAGGGCUGCUGUUUCGUCUUUAAUACCUUCAAAAUUGUUUGGGAAUAAAGGAUUAGAUGAGGACUCAUCAGCAAAUACCGAAAAUGCUGAGGCAACACCAGAAAAUGGAGAGUUGCAAGUGGGGAAAGAAGAAGAUGUUCUUGCCCAAGUUGGAGAUAUUGGUUCUGGUAAUUCUGACUCGACCGAGGCAAUAGUAGGAAAUGGAGAGGUGCAGGUGGGAAAAGAAGAAAAUGCUCUUGACCAAGUUGGAGAUAUUGGUUCUGGUUAUGCUGACUCGACCGAGGCAAUGAAAGCAGAUGAUGUUAUUGAGGCUGAAGUAGUGAGUGAUAGUAAAAUUGGGGCAGCAUAAAUUUACAAUUCUAGGUAAUUUUAAUGCAAAUUAGUUAUAAGGCAUCCACCUGGUUAUUACUUGGUUCUCUUUUUGUGCAAUUUGUUGAAUCAAGGAUAAUGAUUUACAGUGUCUUCUAUGAUAUUCAUGUAUUUCAACCUUUGCAAGUUGACCUUUUUGUAAUUAAGAAAUUUCUAAUAACUAUGUGGUUCUGUUUUUCCACUUAAA